AUGGCUUCCGUCGCACAGAAGAGCAGAAGCUGUGUGCUGCUUCUUCUCUCGCUCACACAUUCUCUUGUGUUAGCCGACCUGAGCACGACAAAGGCCACGACCCCUCCUGUCAGUGGCACGAACAAAUGGACCUCCACCACCCACGUUUCUACAGCUAUUACCAAUUCGUCAAUCAAAAGCUCAACCGCCACCUCGCAGGCCUCAGACUUCACCUCCCUUACUGCCGUUACCACAUCGUCUCCAUCAAAAAUCUCUAUUUCAACAAAUGUGACUCUGCAUGCUGCUCCACCUCAGAGUUCCGUCUCGCCAACGUCACCGUUUUCCUCCUCUAACUCAGUUUUGCCUCCAAACCUUUCCUCAUCUUCUACUUCUUCAAACAAGCCACUCUCCCCCGUUUCAACUUCAUCUUCUCCCGUGACAUUCUCGUCUCUCAUUUCGAAAACGCCUCCGCCACCUCUUACCGAACUUCCACCCACUCCUCUCCUCAAACCGUCGCCAUUUCUCCCGAACAAAUCCAACCCUCAUCAACACAAGCUACCUCCGCUUCGAUCCCUCCCUCACACCACAGGUCCGCUGUUCGAGCACCAACCUUUCAUUGUGAGCUGGAACAUCCCUGAUCUGGUGUGUAACAGAUACAACAUCUCACUGGACACCUCAGCGUUUAAAGGAGUGGCCACGCCUGCAAAGGUUCCAGGUCAGUUCCUGUCUCUGUUCUACACAGACCGGCUGGGUUUUUACCCACAUGUAGACCUUGUUGGUAGAAAAGAGUUGCAUGGAGGUAUUCCUCAGAGGGGGAACCUGACAGCCAGUAUGAACAAGGCCAGAGCAGAUAUUACCUACUACAUCCCAUCCAAGACCAGCCGGGGCUUGGCUGUUAUAGACUGGGAGGAAUGGCGCCCCCUGUGGGACAGAAACUGGGGCACUAAGAGAAUCUACCAGCUUUUAUCUGUGGUCUAUUCAAUACAGACAAACCGCUCGCUCACAGUGAAGCAGGCCACAGAAAAAGCCAAACAACAGUUCCAGGCGGCAGCCAGAGGUUUGAUGUCAGGGAUGUUGAAGACGGGCAGAGCCAUGAGACCCAACUACCUCUGGGGCUUCUACCUGUUUCCUAACUGUUAUAACUACGGAUGGUUGGAGCCUGGCUACACAGGCCGGUGCUCCAAGGAGGUGAAGAGGCAGAAUGAUAAGCUCCUGUGGCUGUGGGAGUCCAGCACGGCCCUCUACCCAUCUAUCUACCUGCAGGCCUCAUUGGCAGAUAACCCCAGAGCUGCCCUGAUGGUGAGAAACCGUGUCCAGGAAGCCCUGCGAGUGUCCACCCUGCCGAGGCGGAGAGGUGGCACUGCGCCCGUGUUUGUUUACACGCGCCCCGUCUUUGUUGAUCAGAACAAACGCUUCCUCAGUCAG